AUGAACGCCUGUGCCAGAGGCGAUGUCCAGCUUAUGAGGCAAUUGAUCACGGAUGGACAGGGUGGCGUAAACGACCGGCUUUCCUCUUCUGGGAAGACUCCUCUACUAGUUGCCAUCGAAUCAAACAGUCUAGAGGCCAUCAAGUAUCUUCUGCAGGCAGGAUCUGAUCCUAAUAUUGGUGAUGACGAAGGAAUCUUGCCUGUCUUUGCAUGUCUAGGUAUUAGAAAGAUUAAACGCGACGCAGACGGGUCCUUGAGUCACCAUCUGCAGCGAACCCCAUCGGGUCAAGACUGGCUGGAGACUUUGGAGCUCCUGAUUCAGUACGGCGCCUCAGUGCAUGAAAUCGUGGCCAACAAGACGAUGACCAUGACAAACAUCUGCAAUAGAAGACACGGGGAAGGGACCCUGGUUCAAUUCUUCAGACUUCUCGUCAAUGAACAUUAUCAGGAUUUUGAUGUUGUCGGUAGAGGCGGGUAUUCUGCCCUUAUAAGCGCAAUCCGGGGCCGCAAUUCAGCUGCGGCCGCCCUUGACCUUCUGGCGAAGGCGGGUGUGUCGCUUGACCGUGUUUCGAAGGACGGUCGCCAUCCUUUACAUCUUGCAGCUGCGGAGGGACACGAUUCCAAACCACUGGAGCACCUUUAUGGGACAUAUGGAAUCAAUGAUAUCAACCGCCAAGAUUCAUGGGGGUGGACGCCGCUGCAUGGAGCGAUCGACUCAGACUCCAACAAAUUCCAUCAUGAGCACUGCGGGAAAGUGCGAUUCCUGCUCGCCAAUGGAGCAGAUCCGAACAUCAAAGGUCUGAAGACGAAGAUGAAAAGUUUCCGUCGAUUCGAGAAAUAUCUCACGCCAGUUGAACUCGCAGCCCAUUUGGGAACGAAAGUUUAUGAAAACUUUCUAUCAGAUUUGAAGGCGGCGAUUGGACGCACAAAUGACGAUGAUGACGAUGGGAUGUUUUUCGACGCUGAGGAGAAGUGGAGCACUGUUUGA